AACACGUUUUUUUUUGUUUUUCAAAGCUAUAUAAUUAUCCAAUUUGAGCACAUUUUCUCACCGUAUUCUCAUAAUAUAUUUUUUUCUAUAAACAACAACAUUUGUUUUUAAUAUAGUUAUUGUAGAAUCGUUAUAUUGAGCAGUGUUUUACGAUAUACAAUAUUUGUUAAAUAGGUAUAUUUAACAUACGCAUGUGUAUGUUGUGUGUGUGGGUUGUGUAUAUAUAUGUGUGUGUCCUUACUUCGCGGAUAUGCUACUAUUCCAAUGAUGGAAAACCACGCACCAUGACUAAAACUUGUACUCUGUAAUAGAAGAUAUUUACGAGAACGAUAAUAUUAGUAGAAAGUUCUGACGUCAUUGGUGCGAAAAAUGUUAUCCAUUGAGGAGAAUCAAGCCUUUCUACUAGCACCGUUUUUGCAUACAGAUCCUAGUUACAGAGUAAGAUAUGAUUAACGGUUUUGCGAGGAACAUUGAAAAAUGAUACAAAGCACAACCUACUAGGAACGCUUAUUGUCGAUUCUUUGAAAAGAAAAAUAUUCUCUUCGCAAUCGUAUCGCAAAUGAUGUAUAUGCAGACGAACAUUGAGUAAAGCGUGUAACACGAAAAGAAGCUCGAUCGUUACCCUAUCGAAUAACAGCAGAUUCCUCGCAGUCAACCACACCGGUUAUACUUCUUACAAUUGUGGUCUCGUUGAAUCGUUGGCAAUAUGAGGAAUGCAGUUGGUAACGCCAUCUGCACAAUGCAUCGUGCAAUAUUUUCACGCGAACAAUACAACUACAGGGACACGCGUAACGCGACAAUGGCGACCUGAAAGACUGGCGUGCGCUUCUUUGCUCCGUAUACUUUUGACAUCUCACCAGUGUUUACUGUGCCCUUUUCGCAUAUUUGUGAAUGUGAAAUAUACUUGUGCUACCUUAAAAUAUGUGACUGAUGAGGUGUAAAAGUUAGAAACGAGAAAUCGCCUCGAUCCAGCCGCUAAAGUUAGUUAGGUGCACGACACAAUUCAAUGGUGUUGGUCCCUGCCGAAAAAACGGGAAAGCCAUGUACAUGUCGAUGUCUUGCCAACUAUAAUGCGGUGUGGAACACCAGUGGAAACUUACUGCCAAAAUCUAGCGUGGUGCUGAUACGGCAUGAUAAAAUAAGGGAAGAGAACGAAGGAGAUGAGCCACAAUAUUGCAGGCAUGCCACCCUUUGCAAGGAUGCCUUUAGGGGGUAUGGGUAUGGGUGUGAAUAUGGGUCCUAGUGCCCCGCAUCCUGAAUCUUCUGGACACCCCCAUCCUCCACCACCACCACCUACUGGUGCCAAUCCUAAAAAGAAACGACGUACAAACGCUAAUGUUGCUCAACCACCCCCACAGCAACCUCCAACAGUGCAGGAUUUGCUACCUCCGCCUUUAACGGGUUACGGAGAUACGAUAGUGGCGAGUAACCCUUUUGACGAUACGCCACCGCAAACGAGUCAAACUCCUAUGAUGCACGGUGGUCCGCCGCACAUGCAUCCCCAUCACCCGCAUCAUAUGAGCGGACCGCCUAUGAGAGGCAUGAGUCCGUUAACUUCGAUAGGCGGGAUGAGUCCUAUGAUGCCUCACAACAUGGGUAGUAUGAGUCCUAUGGGAAACUCGCCCAUGACGAAUCAUAUGAAUCACAUGGGAGCGAUGUCUCCUAUGAAUCACGCGCCAAUAGGUGGUAUGAGUCCAAUGAAUAACAUGGGCCCAAGCAUGCCACCUGGUCCAAUGAAUACUAUGAAUAAUCAUAUGAACAUGAGUCACAUGGGUAACUCUCAACUUAGCGGUCCACCUAUGGGUAGUCCUAUGAACAAUAUGAACAGUGGUCCAAUGGGUAGUCCGAUGAAUAACAUGGGGCACAGCAUGGGAAGUCCUAUGGGUGGUCCAUUAGGUUCUCCUAUGAACACAAUGGGUGGAUCAAAUCACAUGCCUAAUGGACCAAUGAACAUGAACAAUAUUAAUAACCACAUACCACCUAAUAGCCCGUUGAACGGACCAUCUAUGAACAAUGUAAACAGUCCAUUAGGGCACAAUGGAUCUCAGCCGCAUCCGAAUCAUAUGGGAAAUAAUCUUAAUAACUUAGGAAGGCCCAUGAAUGGACCUAUGACUACUAUGAGUUCCAUGGUAUCCAAUAAUAUGAAUAUGAGUGGUCCAAACCAAAUAAAUAGCAUGAACAUGGGCGGGCCACCGAUGAACAAUAUGUCUAACAUGAGUAUUAGUCAUCAUAAUCAAAUGAGUCACAUGGGAGGUCCCAUGGGUACAAUGUCUAGUAACAUGGGUGGUGGUCCACCAAUGAGCCAUCCCAUUAAUAUGGGAGGUUCAAUGCCACCUCACGGUUUCCAAGGUCCGCCAGGAAUGGGACCAAAACCAAUGCCAGUUUCUGCGGGAAAGAUAUAUCCUCCAGAUCAGCCUAUGGUGUUUAACCCACAGAAUCCUAAUGCUCCACCAAUUUAUCCUUGUGGAGUAUGUCAUAAAGAAGUGCACGAUAACGAUCAAGCGAUUCUUUGCGAGUCAGGUUGUAAUUUCUGGUUUCACAGGGGGUGCACAGGAUUAUCGGAAACUGCUUAUCAAUUAUUAACGGCAGAAGUUUACGCGGAAUGGGUGUGUGAUAAGUGCUUGCAGUCAAAAAAUAUACCUUUGGUUAAAUUUAAACCAUAACAGUUCUUGACUCGUCGUAUAUGCGACGCACGAGUGACUCUUUGUUAGCGUUUACACUUGUACACGCACACAUGCGCGUGCGAUUGCACACACAUAACUACAUACGGCAUACACUAAUGCACGAGCGAAAUCGUGCAUAUAAUAUAAACAUGCGCUGUUUGUUAAUAUCUUAGCUUUAACUUGUUGAAAUAUUAGGGUAUCAUUAUGAGUCGUAUCGAUGAAGGAGAUGGCAAGAACAACAUAUGUUCGAAAGUUACGUUACUUUUUCGCUCUAUUUACGACAAGUGGAUUCGUCUGUUUCAAAAAAUUAUUUAUGAUUUCACUUUACAGUUUAUAAAGCUGCUAGUUUGUUUUCGGUUGCCGUUAUGGUGAUAAAUGUGUUAAAAGUAAGCUCGAGAAAGCAUAGGGAUUUUUUAGAGAAAAUUGUUAAAAAAUGUACAGUGAUCGAUUAACCUUAUUGGAUUUCUUAUCACUUAACUGCAUUUAAUUCGAAAUUAAAAGAUAAUCGCAUUCGUAAAGAAGGAACGAUAUAUAAAUAUAUAUAUAUGUAUAUAUAUAUAUAUGAACGGUACAACCUGCUGAAACUGCAUAUCGAUAGGAGAUGAACCAACUACGUACAUUCUUUUUAUUUAAAUUUGGUUAAACGUUCCUGAUAAUAUGUAGUUGAUGUAAAAGAAAAAAAUUAACAACUGUGUAUUAUUUGAUAAAUGAUGUCUAGUUAUGUCGCUGUCAUUUUGUUAUCAGGCUCGUCGCGUUGAUUAGGUAAAUCCAAAGGAUCUAAACGAUACUUUUUAAAGAAAAACAAAAAAAUUGUAAAUGCACAUCUAAAUAUGUGUAAAACAGAGUAAAUAUGAACUUCAGGCGAUGUAAAUUUUUCUCGUAGCGCUGUUUGUAUUUACCAAAUGUUCGUAUCUAUCAUCAAGUAUCGGGAUAUGGGAAAAAUUUAAAAUCCACUUCUUCGUAUAAUUCAGUUAUUACCGAAGUAUUUUGGGUUUUCAGAAAAAGUAAUAGAAAAAAAUACGUUCGAGUAAACGUAGUUUAUUUCUCCCAAAUUACAAAUACGAGUGCUAUGAUUACCUGCACAUUGGUAUAAACCAUGGUCAGUUAUGUACUUUCGAAAUGUGUUAGCGUUAUACUUUAAGAGUACAUAUGUUCAAAUUGUAAAUAGAAAUUUUAAUGUCAUGCGGAGGAAGAGUUGAUUUUCUUUUACCAUCGCUCAUAUAUUGUUUCUUGCCAUGGUUUAUGCUGUUGAUUAAUUCAUUACGAGCAAGUGUAACGAAUUUUAAAAAGAAAGUUGAAAUUCGUUUGACUGAUAGCUCGCGGGGUUUUUUACAUUGUACCUAAAGUUUUACGACAAAUAUAUCAGUUAUAUUCGUUUACGCAAAGAAACCAAUUAGGUACAAACGUGAUAUAAUAAAGUGUUAGUAAAACAAAAGAAAAAGAUAAGACGCAAAAGUGCAGAAAAUAUUUAUAUGUUUUGCAAAUUCAUAUAAACAGAAAUUAAACUCAAGAUACUUCGCGAAAUAUAAUAAAAGGAGUGUCGUGUUUAGUUGCAGUAUCGAAAUUUCUGCACCUAACACACAUAUACAUAUACAUAUAUACACGUGCGAGUAUAUACACUUACAUUCACGCUCUUCUUCGUCGAGUUAAGAUUCAUGAUCGCAUCUGCCAGAAUUUUUGGUGUCAGUUUAUGUAUAACAGUAUAUCACGAAACAACAGAGAAGUAUUAUCGACGUAAAACGAUUAACGCAAUGAAAGGGAAAAAAAAGAAAAUUAUUCAAAUUCCGUCGGCAGCUAACGCAAAAUUAACGAGUCCACGGAUUGUAUAGUUUUAUAUACAUAUACAUAUAUAUAUAUAUAUAAAAUAAUGCAGUUAUCAUUUUACUAUUUGACGCCUGUAUCAAACGAACGACUGAUUUCGAAAAUUGAGUUCACAGUACUUUUUAGAAUAACUAGGUAGCUUCUUCUGUCCGCGAACAGAAGAGCAAAUUCGUAUCUUUCCACGGGUGGAACCUCUGACGCGCUUUCGUUCCUGAAGCAAUCCAAUUCAGAUAAAUGUUUUAACGCGAUGUCAAUCGAGUGUUCAAGCACUACGGGAACGAAAGUAGAAUAGGGAUUACUCUUGAAAAGAUCCGACCUAACUAGUUAUUUCCUUCGUGAUCCGUUUAUUACACGAAGCUUCUCUCUUCGUGUGAUCCACGCUUCGAAGGCUUGUUUUAUUGUAAUCAUUUUUAAAGGAUAUUACACACACAUACACACAGAAUCCUAUAACUACAUAAUGCUCAUAUUAGUAUUACAACGAAUAGAAGUACCAUUUUCACAUAUCUUCAUUCUAUAUUUUGUCAUUGUCACAUGAAGGAUGAAUGGAGGGGGGAGGGGGGUGUAUCACACACUGGAGAUCGUUAACGUUGCUUUUUUUUUUGUUUUUUCUCUCUCACUCUCACUCUCUUUCUCUCUAUUACAGAAAAUUCUAUUAACGGGAAUGCAGGGGAUUAAGCGAAUAACGAAAUGAAAGAUGUAUGCUCGGCUCAACGGGAUGGAAAAAGGAUGCGCAACUAUAGACGAUUGCUAAGAGACUCGGAUGAUUAAGGAUAAUCGUUUUUCUAGUACAAACGAACGAAUCGUAAUUUUAAGUAAACUACUAGUAGCGUCUAUUUUUCAGAGAUAACUUAUAUAAGUUUUAUUGUUUACGAACAAAAACUGUUAUGCGAUCAACGGAAUCAUGACGCACGCCUAAAAUGAUACGUUGUAAUGUCUCGUUCUUGCAUUCAUCGAGUAGCAACAGUUUCUUCGAUUACGUUUCUUUUUUAACCGGUAGCUUAAUCCCUGUACAAUUUGUUCGAAGCAAAUGCAUUUCAUAUGUGUCUGAAUCGUUUUUGUCUCAUUGUGUUACCUUUGAAUUUCGUCACUUUAUCUUCAUUUUCUUUCAGCCAUUUGUCGUCGAGGAACGAAACGUUCUCUCUCGAAAUUACAAUUGUCCAAAGCUGUUUCUUUUUGUUUCUUUCUUAACGCUUUGACUGCCAUGACACCCAUACAUAAUUAUUUUAUGGAGAACGAUCUUACGAUUUCAAUUUGUAACUUCAGAUUAGGUUUAUCGAAGAUAAAAUGACUGCUUGGUGAGACCGUAACAUGGCGGUCAAACUGUUUAUCAACUUAUCUGUGUAUAUAAGUUAUUUGAAAAACGAUGCAACACGUAGAUAUUUUGUUCUAGACUAUCUGUAAAUAAUCUCUUGUAUCGUCUUAUCGAAUCGAGAAUGCGUCGUGCUAUUUUAUUUUCCUUUUUCGUUUUGCCUGAACCAAUGCAACAGCAAAGAGGAAUUUGCAAGUGAACCGUAAAGUUAGAUUUCCUUUUUCCUCCCUGGACAACCACUGUAUCGAAAUCAGAGGACUCAAGAAAACUUGAGGGCGGUAUCGACGCUUGAUUUCAUUAUUAUCACCUUCAUUACUAUUAUAUGUAUUAUGUUAGUUACUAUUAUUCUCAUUACUGUAUUAUUACUUUGUACGAGAUCAAUAUUUGUUAUUGAUAACUGAAUUCAUUAUUAUAUUCUAAUAUUAUAUAUAUAUACAUAUAUAAUAUUCAUUAUUAAUUUUAACGCUUGUGUAUUGAAUAAGCUGAUUUUCAACGCGUUACGUUUCUCUGAAUGAAACAUCGAUCCGGUUAAUCAGAAAGAAAUCGAGAAGAAUAUAAUAGAUUGAAAGAAUGUCGCGUGCUAGUAAAAAAAGAAAUUUUCACGUAUUAUGUGAGAAGUAUAAAUUGUUCAUAGAUUAUUUUUUGUCAUGUAAAUACUGACAUACAUACGUGCAUACACAUUAUACGCGUGGUAUGUAUGGUCAAGGAUAUAAAUUGUUAUACAUAUACUAGAAAUCAACGUACGUAUGUCAUUAUUUCGAUACACGAUACAAUGCGUGCGAAGAUAUCCUCGUUUUUCUGCAACGUGUACGUGUUCACUCAUUGUACAUAUUUAUAUGGCACUUGAAAUAACAAAUCCAUACCAUGUUGAUUUUUA